AUGCUCAUACAGACAGCAAAGAUCACUCCUGCUAUCAGCUCUGAGCAUGACAGACUCGUCACUCUUGUCUUGCUGGCUAGGGAAUUUGGAAUCUUUCACCGCAAGAAGAAGGAUGGAACCUCCAACAAAGAAAAACAGGAAGAAGAAGAAGCUAUUCUUCCCAACGGACAGAGAUUCUGGACCGAUCUUCCGUACUUGGUGGAAGAGAUUCAGGAUGCCUGGACCAAUGAGUCGAAGGGGUUUACGGCCACAGAGCGGCAUAAUUUCGCCGUGUUUACUGCCAAGCUCUGCGCAGUUGGCGUUUGUGAUAAUGAGCUGAGCUCUUGUGCGCUUUGGUCGAUCAGGGAGGCGCUUGAGACGGAGAGAUCCAUAACGAAAGCCGAGGGUGCUCCUCUCUCAAUUGCUGAUAUUCUCCCUGCUUGCCUUUCAUGGUUCCAGCACAACAAUUUCAAGCUCCUGAAGCUGGCGGUCCAGAAUUACAAUGAUCAUCACACCUCUGCUAUGGCUGGCGAUGACGUCCAACCCUCAAUAAUGGCACCUGGUCAUCUUGCGGUCAAGGCAAAUGUUACACAGUCCGGUUUCAGCGUUGCCAGAUGGUUGUUCUGGAGACAGUGGUUUCAAAGAAUUGAGUCGUUGCGGGAACGACCGGUUGCCAAGCUUGGAAAAGAAGGUUUCGAAGAGAUGGUUCGGACUGGGAUUGCGUUGGGAUACGAUAUUCCAGGCGAGAAGAAGUAUUGGGAGAAGGUUUUUGAGGCGCUUGAUCAGGAGUUUGUUGCAAGGGGCAGGAAGGGUUGUGUUGGUCCUGACGAUGUUGAGAUUGACAUGGACUGGGCGGACUAG